AUGACCGACGGACCUGAGGAUCCCCCUCCUGAGGAGGCACCUGAGGAGACACCCGAUGAGGCGCCCGAGGAGCCGCCUGAGGGGAGUCCCUGUUUAGGAAUAAUUUUAGCCAUCAUUGGUGUUCUUAUCUUUCCUAUUGCCGCGGUAACUUGGGUAACGUGGCCGCGGGUUCCGAUAAUAUUAGGGUUGCAACCCAACCCUCAUGACGACGGCACUAUCGACCCUGCAAAACGCGUGCCAGAAGGAUAUUUAGAAGAUGGUAUAGGCUUUGCUGAAUACCAGAGUAAAGUUAUAUAUGGGCGUAGCAUCCCGACCACGACACGGGAGGUUAUACCCUCUGUUCCUACCGUUUCAACAUUCACGAACGACGCUCCAUGCAAUCGAGGAGCUGUAGCAGACGGCGAAACACAGAAAUUCCUCCCCCUCUGCACAUUCUCUUGCGCACACGGAUACUGUCCUUCACCAUGCAUUUGCACAGGCUACGGCAAGGAAUCUCCCCUCCCUCCCGAAACAGGUGUUCAGGCUUGUCGUAUCCAGGGCACAGAGAAAGAAAAUGACAUGUUGUGCGCGUUUGCUUGUGCCCACGGUUAUUGCCCAUCAGAAUCAUGCACAACAGGAUGCGAAGAGACGAAUGGAAAGAUGAACAAACUAGAGUAG